GGUUCCAUUUUUUUGGGCUGACAUGUAGAGCUGGCCGGCAGCCAGGGAUAUGGCUGCCAGGCAAAGGUGGAGCCCAGGUGAUGCCGUGUGGCUGCCAGACAAGGAGCUCGCGUUCCGGGCCUGCGUGGCAGGAGAUGGCCAGGAGCUACCGGCGGCGCUGCGGCGCGAGCCGCGCUUCCCCGCCGCGGGCUACGCGGACGCGGUGGAGCUGCGCUGGGCCAACGAGGCCAACUUGCUGGAGAACCUGUGCCUGCGGUACCGGCAAGGUCAAAUCUACACCAACGUGUCCCAUGUGCUGUUGGCCAUCAAUCCUCACCGCCAGCUUCCUCACCUCUACGGGGAAUCGAUGAUGAAGCAGGCUGGUCCACACCCCUAUACCGUGGCUGCCUUGGCUCUGCGCCGGCGCCGGCAAGGACCACAGGCCAUCGUGGUGUCGGGCGAGAGCGGUGCAGGGAAGACGGAGACGGCGAAGAUCAUCAUGCGCUACUUGGAGGUGACUUCCCAGAAGGAGUUGCCGGAGAAACUGACGGCCGUGAGCCGAGUCUUGGAGUCGCUGGGGCACGCGGAGACGCGGCAGAACCCCAACUCCUCGCGCUUCGGGAAGUACCUCACGAUGCGGAUUGGGAGGCACAGCAUCUCGACCCAAGUGACGACCUACAUGCUGGAAGCCAGUCGCGUGAUCGCGGGGGGGCGGAACUUCCACAUCUUCUACGAAGCCCUAGGAGCCGAGCCGGGCCUGGGCCCCGCCUGGGCGGCGCGCCGGAAAGAGCUGGAGGCGGCGCUGGAGGCGCUAGGCCUGCAGGCGCUGACCACCCCUUUGCUCCGCGCGGUGGCUGGGAUCUGGCGCAUUCUGCAGCACCUGCGCGAGGGCGAAAUCGAGGAGGAUGAGGUCUCGGAGAUGGCCUCCGCGUGCCAGCUGCUGGGCCUUAGCUUCCAGAGUCUGCAGGAUCCGACCUCCCAGUCAGGCGAGUUUGCGCCACCGGCGCCUGCGGGUUGGUGCGGAGGACCUGGCGCUGCCGCGCGCGGCGAAGCAGCGGGGAGCGCUGCUGCGGGGCUUGGCGGUGGCGGCCUACAGCCGCCUCUUUCACGGCGUGGUGCGGCGGAUGUCCGACAACUUGGCGGACCUUGGUCCAGAGGAGGAGGAGAGCUUGGCAUUCUGGACAUGUACGGCUUUGAAGACUUGCAGAACAACCAGCUUGAACAGCUGCUCAUCAACUACACCAACGAGCGGCUGCAGCUCUUCUUCUGCGACCAGCUCCUGGUGAAGGAGCAGCAGCUUUGCCUUUCGGAGGGCCUCAAGCUGGACCUCGGCGAGAGGGAGACUUCGGGGCGCCAGGUUCUUGACAACUUGGACAUCGUGCUGAACGUGUUGGAUGACUGCAGCAUGCAGCGCUUGCGAUCUGGGGGAGGCGGCGAGGCUCUCGAGUUGCUGCUGCGGCGCACCGGCGAGGCGAGGCGCCGUGGCCACGUCGCGGGGCGCUUCGCGGUGCGGCACUACGCCGGGGAGGUGACCUAUUUGACCAGCGGCUGGCUGGACGCCAACGACUCCCAGCCGCUGCCAGAGGUGGCCGAGCUGCUGCAGACCUCUUCCAACGACUUGCUACACCUGGAGCGUCAGACUUCCAAGAGGCCAUGCCAGUCUGUCAACAAGAGACACCGAUCAGACCUAGAGGCGCUCAUGAAGAAGCUGUCCGCUAUGGGCGUGCAUUUCAUCCGCUGCUUCCGGCCCAACAAGGAGCAGAGCGCCGACUUUGUGGACCGCGGCUUUUUGCUGCAGCAGCUCAGGGGCUGCGGGGUGCAUCAGGUGCUGCAGGUGAUGCAGAGGGGCUUCCCUCACCGAGUCAGCCUCCAGCAGGUGGCUGCUCGCCUUCCGGGCGGCUUUUCCGAGCGGGUCGGGGCGGAGGUGCUGAUGGUCGCCCUCCAGGUGCCCAGAUCGGAUUGGCGUGUUGGCGUCACGCAGCUCUUCCUGAAAGCCGCCCACCGCGACGCCCUCGAGGCGCUGCUGGCAGAUGACCGGCCUUUAGACCCCGCAUUGCUGCAGGAGGCGGCCAGGCGCAGCCGGCGGCUCCGGUGGCGCCGCGCCUUCCACGCGCUGAGCUUGGUGCGGUUCCUCUCGCGCGGUGCCGCGCAACGGGCCCGGAGCGCGGCCCUGCGCCGGAAACUCCGGGCCGCGCUGCUGGCGGCGUUCUUCCUGUGCGCGGCGCGGAGAGCGGCGCGGGCGCGCAGACUGGCGGCCAAGGCAGACGGGUUGCAAGUGCCGGCGCCCGCUAGUGCUGUGCUCGGCACGAUUCGGUCGGAGACGCCAGAGGACCAGACAGGAACCCUCUUGGAGCAGGCGAAGAGUGAGAAGGCGGAGCGAGCGCUGAGGGAGCUGGCGAGGCCCUGCAAGAGGCGGAGGCCAUCGAAGGCGGUGAGCGUUGAGGGCGGGGUCUUGUUGGAGAUGCUGCCGAAGAGGAGGCUUUGCUUGGUGGAGCCUUGAGUGAUCCAAGGGCCGCAAGCCCGAGACUCCGAGAGUUUGACGUAAUUCGCAAUUCGGAUGCAGUUGGCUGGGACCGUCGCGAUCAGAAUCCCCAGGGCGGGGGCAAAGCCGCUUCCUCAAAAACUGGCGGAUUUUUGGUGUUCCAUGUCAAUCUGCCGGCUGGGGGUGGGGCAUUUGCGUGACGUGAUGCUUUGGGCUCAGAAAACGAGCGCUAAGCAAACCGCUUGGCCAUCAAACUCGGGGAACUCCUCGGCUCGAUGGGCGGGCGCUGGAGAAAGACA